AUGGGUGAUCGAGAAGCUGAUGUCCCAACCCCAAUUACCCGAGCAGAUCUGGACGCUCAAAACCGACUGAUCGACAACCUAACCAACCAAUUUGGGGAGAUGCGAGAAUUGUUGUUGCAAGCUCUUGGUGGCAACAAUAGGAGAGAAGGCAGAGAUAACGAAAGAAGAGAUGGCGAGAGAAGAGACAAUAGGAGGCAACUUAAUCCGGAUAGUGAGUCCGAGUCAGAAGAAGAACUUGAAGAACCACCACCGCCGGCUAAUAAUCCUCGUCAUCAUAAUCGUAAUUACGAGAAUUUUGGCGAUUAUCGGAUUAAAGCAGAAAUUCCUAACUUUUGGGGAAAUCUGAAGAUUGAAGACUUCUUGGAUUGGCUUGUAGAAGUGGAGAGGUUUUUCGAUAUUAUGGAGGUUCCUGAGCAUAAGAUGGUGAAGAUGGUAGCUUUCCGCCUUAAAGCUACAGCAGCUGUUUGGUGGGAUCAAUUGCAAAAUUUACGGCAGAGGCAAGGAAAACAGAGGGUUCGAACAUGGCGGAAGAUGAAGUCGCUUAUGAUGGAACGAUUCUUGCCCACAGAUUAUGAGCAGAUUCUCUACCGUAUGUACCUAGGCUGUGCGCAAGGCACCCGUUCGGUUUCUGAGUAUACCGAAGAGUUCAUGCGUUUGGCAGAGCGAAACCAUUUGACCGAGACUGACAAUCAAAAGGUCGCAAGGUACAACAAUGGGCUGAAAAUUUCCAUCCAGGAAAAAAUUGGCAUGCAGAAUAUAUGGACUUUGCAGGAGGCGAUUAACAUGGCAUUGAAGGCUAAACUGUUGGAGAAGGAGAAACGCCAACCCAACUUCCGCAGGAAUGCGACGGAAGCCUCUGAUUAUACUGCUGGUGCUUCUAGUGGCGCAGGAGAUAAGGGGAAAGCACAGCAGCAGAGUUCUGGAGGGAUGACAAAACCAACAACAGUUGGCCAAAACAAAAACUUCAACGAGGGCAGCAGCCGGAAUUACAACAGAGGGCAGCCCCGAAACCAGUCCCAGAAUCCGUAUGCUAAGCCCAUGACGGACAUAUGUUACCGUUGCCAAAAACCAGGGCAUCGUUCUAAUGUUUGUCCAGAGCGGAAGCAGGUUAACUUUAUCGAAGAAGCCGAUGAAGAUGAAGAAAACGAUGAAGUCGGGGAAAAUGAUUAUGCAGGGGCUGAAUUUGCAGUUGAAGAAGGAAUGGAGAAGAUUACCCUAGUUUUGCAGAGAGUUCUUUUGGCACCAAAGGAGGAGGGGCAGCGUCAUAAUAUUUUUCGUUCCCUCUGCUCAAUCAAAAACAAGGUUUGUGAUGUGAUCGUCGACAAUGGAAGUUGCGAGAAUUUCGUGUCAAAGAAAUUGGUGGAAUAUUUGCAGCUAUCAACGGAGCCACAUGUCAGCCCUUACUCACUAGGUUGGGUUAAAAAAGGCUCUUCGGUUCGUGUAGCUGAGACUUGCCGUGUGCCGCUGUCUAUUGGUAAGCAUUACAGAGAUGAUGUCUUAUGUGAUGUUAUUGACAUGGAUGCAUGCCAUAUUUUAUUAGGGCGUCCUUGGCAAUUUGAUGUGGAUGCGACUUUCAAGGGACGAGAUAAUGUCAUUCUGUUCUCUUGGAACAACCGGAAAAUUGCAAUGGCAACUACACAGCCCUCAAAACCCUCUGGGUUGUUAAAACUUGGCCGAGGAGGAGGUGACAUUCCACAAGAUGUGCAGCAGAUUUUGUCUCAAUUUCAGGAAUUAUUUUCUGAAAAUCUACCAAACGAGCUGCCACCUAUGCGGGACAUACAACACCGAAUUGACUUGGUGCCUGGAGCUAGCCUUCCGAAUCUGCCCCAUUAUCGGAUGAGCCCCAAGGAGAAUGACAUCCUCAGAGAGCAGAUUGAAGAAUUACUGCGGAAGGGAUUUAUCAGGGAGAGUUUGAGUCCCUGCGCAGUUCCUGUUUUGUUGGUUCCGAAGAAAGACAAGACUUGGCGAAUGUGUGUUGACAGCCGAGCAAUCAACAAGAUAACAGUGAAGUACAGGUUUCCCAUUCCACGAUUGGAGAAUAUGCUGGAUGUUCUUAGCGGCUCAAAGGUGUUUUCCAAGAUAGAUUUGCGAAGCGGUUAUCACCAGAUUCGCAUCAGACCUGGCGACGAAUGGAAAACAGCGUUCAAGAGCAAGGACGGAUUAUUUGAAUGGUUGGUGAUGCCAUUCGGAUUGUCAAAUGCGCCUAGCACCUUCAUGAGACUCAUGAAUCAGGUUCUUCGACCAUUUAUUGGCUCUUUUGUCGUGGUUUAUUUCGAUGACAUUUUAAUUUACAGCACCACAAAAGAAGAACAUCUUGUGCAUUUGAGGCAAGUUUUAGACGUUUUGAGAGAAAAUAAACUGUUUGUGAACCUUAAAAAAUGUACUUUCUGCACAAAUAAGCUACUGUUCUUGGGUUUUGUUGUUGGUGAGAAUGGUAUCCAGGUUGACGACGAGAAGAUCAAGGCAAUCCUUGACUGGCCAGCUCCAAAAACAGUUUCUGAAAAGGGCCGGUUCAAUUGGGGAGAGGAGCAAGAGAGGAGCUUUGCAGAAAUAAAAGAAAAGCUUUGCACCGCGCCAGUUUUAGCCCUUCCAAACUUUGAGAAAGUUUUCGAAGUUGAAUGUGAUGCCAGCGGUGUGGGAGUCGGAGCUGUGCUUUCACAAGACAAGCGGCCAGUUGCAUUCUUCUCUGAAAAAUUGAGCGAUGCACGUCAAAAGUGGAGUACUUAUGACCAAGAGUUCUAUGCGGUUGUUCGGGCUUUGAAGCAAUGGAAGCACUAUCUUAUCCAGAAGGAAUUUGUUUUAUUUACAGAUCAUCAAGCGUUGAAGUAUAUUAACAGCCAGAAAAAUAUUGAUAAAAUGCAUGCUAGAUGGGUGACUUUCUUGCAGAAAUUCUCGUUCGUUAUCAAGGAGAAGCUCAUUCGGGACUUGCAUGGUGGAGGGUUGAGUGUCCAUAGUGCCACCGGGAAGUCUCCAUUUUCCAUUGUUUAUACUGCUAUGCCUAACCAUGUUGUAGAUUUGGUGAAACUGCCUAGAGGCCAACAAACCAGUGUGGCAGCAAAAAAAUUUGUCAAGCAGAAACUUGAGCAAACUAAUGCUAAGUACAAAGCUGCUGCGGAUAAGCAUAGGCGAGUUAAAGUGUUUCAGGAAGGUGAUUCUGUGAUGAUAUUUCUGAGGAAGGAGAGGUUUCCAGUUGGCACAUAUAGCAAGCUUAAACCAAAAAAAUAUGGUCCUUACAAAGUGCUCAAACGGAUCAAUGAUAAUGCCUAUGUUAUUGAGUUACCAGAUUUCAUGGGAAUAUCCAAUAUUUUUAAUGUUGCAGAUUUAUAUGAGUUCCGUGAAGAUGAGGUCCUUUAUCCAAAUCAUAACUCGGGGUCGAGUUCCUCGGAGGUGGAGGGGACUGAUGUAGAACAGAUGGCAGAUUUUAUCGCGGUUGAGCUAGAAAAAGGACGUAGCGGGAAUAUGCAGUUUUGUCGUCCAAGCUCCGAUUAG